CCAAACCCGCCGUCCGAAAGUAUCGCACACGACGACCUGUGUCCAGUCUGUCACCUUCUCCUCUACGAACCUGUCCGAACACAAUGCAACCAUCUUCUCUGCGGGUCGUGCAUGGCACAAUGGGCGGAUGCUUCUUCCCUGAACCACAUCAGCCCAUCCAAUGUCGACAUUGACCUGGCCGAUAUCGAGGCCCUGAGCGAUCGAGCAAAUUUGCAAGCAAACUGUCCAAUGUGCCGAACCGCUACGACGGCAGCGCUGGACCGCGAUCUAGCAAGGACAUUAGAGGAGAAAUAUCCAGAUACAUGGCGUGAGCGCGCGGUGGAAGAAGACGAGGCUCGCGUGGGAGUCGCCGGUAUCGAAAGCAUGGUAAUAUUGAUAGGCAACAAGCAUAGUCUGGUACGGGCAUCGCCAGGUUCGGACAAUCAACAUGACUGGACAUUUUUCGUGAAAUGUUCCAGAUCUGAGAUCGUGCAUCAGAUUCGCAUAAACUUGCACCCUACGUUUCACCCUCCCCAGCUCACCCUUGACGGCCCACCAUUCGAGGUCCGUCGAGUUGGUUGGGGCUACUUCAAUAUCGAGGCGAAGAUCCUUCUCAAAUCCCCAUACCGAUGGGUGACGGAGGGAACUGAUGCUGGAACAGACAUCCUCACUUUAGACUGGAUGCUGAACUUUGAAGACCGAGGCAGGCAAGGACGAGUCCGAGCUAAGGUGAAGAAA